AGGCUCCUUCAUCUUCUGUUUUCCUCCCUCUCCCUGGAGGACAAUUUUUUUUUUGAAUUUUUUUACUGGCGAGUGCUUGCAAGAACUUACUGACUCGUUCCCCUACAACUUCUAGUUUUCCCAUGGCAUGAAUAUCAAGUUCGUCCAGAAGGAAGCUAUUAUCAAUCAAAUUGAGUUGUUUCAUCGACUUUUUCGUCAAAAUGGCUCCUCCCAAACUUACAUCCGAGCUCGUCUGCUCGGUAAAGCAUCGCGCGACCUCGUCCUCGAGCGACGGGCCACGCGUUCGAGCACUGUGGGUGGAAACUGAAGACCAAUUGGAAUACGCAUUGAGGCAGUUGGGUGGACGAAAUGACGACACCGCUUGUCCCAUCUUCAUGGAUUGUGAGUGGCAACCGGGACACCAUUUGGCACAGGUGUUGUCCCUGACGAGAGGGGAAGAUGUUGGGAGAAGUGCGACGAGUUCCUCUUAUGCGACUGAAGAGAGAAGCAGGGUGAUGGAGAUGCCUGACAUUCGAUUAGCGAUGGGCGGCUGUAAAGAUGACCAUGAGCAACGAAAACACGACAAUGUUGACGAGCACGAGGUUUUCCUGAUCGACGUCCCUCAGUUUCAGAAAUCCCAGAACUUGAUGGACUUCCUGCAAUGGCUUUUGAACUCGAAACGGCUCUUCUGUUUCGCUCCAGCGAAUGAUGUCGCAAAAUUGAGUCUCUCUUUCGACUGGCGACCACAGCCUAAGAAUUUGCCGUACUAUGUGCACGAUAUGCAAAGGGUAAACCAGCAAGUUGUGGAACAGUCAUCUUCUACAUCUGCAUCAGCGACAGCAAGCGCAGUCACAGCAACCCAGCGUUCAAUACAGCAACAAAGCAGGCUUUUGCCUUCUUUGCAGACUAGAGUACGACAGGUUUUAGGACUCGAAAUGUCGAAGGAAGAACAGUGUAGCGACUGGAAGGAUCGGCCUUUAUCGCAAGCCCAAGUAAAGUAUGCAGCUCUGGACGUGUAUUUGUUGUGGGAAUUGCAUAAGGCAACGAUCCCUCAGCAGGAGAUGCUGGAAUGCAGUGGUUGCAACACGACUAACAUGUUGGACAAGGCAGCACCUCCAUAUUUCAUUUGCAAGGGAGAAUCUUCAACGUUUGGACCUUUGACUUUGCCGCAAGGAUACCAGGGAGUGCUUCUGACCGACGAGGCACAAGAUGGCACGAGCGACACGUCCUUCCCGAACAAGAGAAUCGCCCCUCUUAGUGCCUACAAAACUCUAGCCUGCGUCGAGCGGCGAAAUAACUCGAGAAAAUUUCUCUGCAUGUUGCCUGAGCAAUGCCGCUUAGACACGAACCGUUGGGGAUUGACGCUGGUCUCCAAUGUAAUCCGUCAGUUUCAUCAGCAAAUCGGAUAUGUUGGACCAUUGUCGCCACUAGGACAGAGACAAGAAAACGGCAAUGAGUCUGAACAGCUCCAUGUUCUAAUGGACCAAUCUCUUGCGAACGCUUGGGACGCAUUUACAGUGCCCAUAGGGCAUGGAGGCAGCACUGUGAUUGUGGAUAAGGAGAAGUUUUUGGCUAUGAGGGAUGUUUUUGGUGACUUUUGUGGUGAAGUAGAGAUCGAGCAAUUGACACCAGAUCACUCGAAGAAGCCGCGUUUACUAGCUGCAGCCACACCCGCAACCUCAUUAUCUUCGACCUCGACGGCUUGCUCUAGUCCUCGAAGUAGUGCAGACGUCUCUUCUACAUCUACAAGUGUGGGACUCCUGAAAUUUCUUGGCGCGACCAUCCUCGACUUACUUGCUGACGAGCAGAAAAAGAAGGCACCGAAAAAGUUCUCUCUACAUGACGCUAUCAUGAAGAGAAGGAAUCGUCAAGCCUCAAUUAUGGAGCCCUUAGUCUUGGAAAUCGGUGCUGGAGAUGACGACGAUGAAGCCAUGGAUGAAGAAGAUGAGGUAGACGACGAAAGCGACAUUGACCUUGUUGAUGAUGGGCAACAUCAAACAAAAAAACGUAAACAGCAAGGCAAUGACCCAUACGGCUGCAUACGGAUCCAUAAUGGUGGAACUACAGGCACAGCCGAUCGUGCUUUCUGGUAUCCUCGUUACAAGACCUACGAUGAAUACGAAGCUGCCGUCAGGCAAUUACCAGCUUCUCUUCAGAAUAAGAUUUCUCAGAUGGCGCCAGAAAAACGAGUCCGCUAUAUCGAUUUUUCAAAACGUUUCACCGCAAAAACGCAAGUCUAUGGGAAUUUCUCCUUGCUCAGUUCUCAGGGUGAGCUGUUAGCUAAGUGCGACAAGAAGAAGAUUCAAUGGUACUUGCGCAAGGGUUUGGCGGAACCUGUGGAAGGGGAUGACAGUGCGAUCAAAUUGAAGUUUGAUCCUGAGGGUCGAAAGCAUUAUGGCGAGAUGGCCCCCGAGGAUCUGGCAAAGCAGAAAAAAGCUGACGCCUUUUAUGUCCGGGAAAAAGAAAACAUUUGUGUCAGUUGUGGCGCAACAAAGAAUUAUUUGCGGUUUCAUAUUGUGCCGACCAUCUACCGCAAACAUUUUCCAGAGGAAUUCAAAGCGCACAGUAGUCACGACGUUUUGCUGCUGUGUGUAGCGUGUCAGGAACGAGCACAACAGGGUCAGUACAGGUUGAUGGCGAGGUUGGAGGACGAUCUGUUGAAGAUGGAACAGAGGGCUGAGGAAGCACAGCAGGUAGCGGCUGAAGUGAGAAGAGUAGAGAACAAGGAGCUUCAAGUACUAGGUAAUGGUGGUGGUUUUGUGACGGAAGCAGCUUCCGUUGUAGGUACAAGUCGAAGUCAAAUCUCGGUGGAGCAGGAUGUUCUUGAAAGAGAUGCAGAUGAAGUUCUUGCGGAAGACGAGAAGACAGACAAAAGUGCGUCUACAUCCAGCAACAGCCAAGAACAAACACAACAGUCCGUUGUGACCAAAGACCGUGCUCGCGUUGCUGCACUUGCGAUUUGGAAUGACGUGGGGAAACAACAGAUUCCAGAUGACCGUCAUGACGAGUUGAAACAGCGUAUUUGUGAUCAUUUCUCUAGUAAGAUGGACAAUCGCCGCCCUUCUGCAGAGCGUAGUGGAGAAGCAGAGCUUUUUGGCGCACUGGAUAAGAUGGUAGGGGUGGAUGAGGAAAUUGAUGAGACGAAGAAGGAACAAUCAACAGUUGCUACGCCGCCUACAACACCAGCAGAUAGAAAAGCCGCUGAAACAGAACGUCGUGACAAACUAGAACAGAUUCGCAGUUCAUUACCGACAAAAACACCAUUCAGAAGCCGGAUCUUACCUCCCAGGGAUUCUAGACGCCGCUUUGCUGCGCCUGUGAAGAUGCGUGAAGGGAUUGAGCGCAUCUGUAGACGGGAACCCGAGUUACCCUUAGCUUUGCUGGAACGAUUGUUGGAUGACCAUGUCCAUAACAAGAAACGAAUCGCAGCAGCAAAUGCGGGAGUUGUCUUUGUCAAAUUACCGCUGACUGGGAAGAAAGACGAUCCGAGUUGUGCUCAUGGUAAUGGAGAUAGUACAGCAAAUCUAGGUGAAAAUGAUGACCGCUUUGGCAGCAAUCCUAGAAAAAACGUCACUACGCAAAAACUAGUCUGUCGGCAAGCGGGGCAGCGUAUGGUCACGCAUUGGCUUCAACAAAACAAACUAGCUGACUUCAUUCGAAUGUGGCGUCAGAAUUUCUUAGACACUGAAAGUCCGAAGUUUCUGCCAGCCGGUUGGGAUGUCCAAUCCAAAUGUACACGAGCUUUUGGGAAGCACUCAAGGUUUCAGCGUUGCACACGCAAUGCACCUGAUCCGGCUAGCAGUUUGGAGAAAGGCGUCUUCCAAGUCUGGGAUAGAGGGUACAAUGUGGAAGUCAAGGUCGCUUCUUCUAGCACGACAAGGGGUCGUGUAGAAGCAGAUUCCGAUGCGACUUCUACUCCAAAGGCUACUCCAACUCUGGUGCAGCGCAUGCGAUUACCAGUAUUGCCUUAUUUUCAUAUAAUCAAGGACGAGGAAUUGACCACAGCCUCAUCGCCAUCCUUCGAGAUCAGAGACGUAGUGGCAACGAGUUCACAAGCACGGGAACAAAGACGACAUGGCAAAAAGGCAGUUGAACCAGUAUCCAUGAUACCUACAGCUCCGCCUACUAUCGGCGACACGAUGAACCCGACCACCUCAACAACGGGCGAAUUAUCCGCAGAAGAACCCACCUAUACCGGCUCCGAAACCACUCGUACACUAGCAACACAGCUUUUUCAUCUGCCGUUUGUGGUUGCACAGAUAGCAGUGGGUGAUCUGCAUCGAUGGAUUUUGGCUACGCAUCCAAAUGAAGUGGAAGAGAAAGUGGAUGAAGGAGAAGAUGAAGAAGCAGCAGAGGCAAAAACCGAGAAGCAGAAGUUGAAGUCUGUUGAAGAAAAUAACUCCAACAACAUGUCCAACGAUGAAGCAGUACAGAGUAUCGAAAACCAAAAUCCAGCCCAAGACGACGAACAAGCUAAGGUCCAGGCUUUGACACCUCAGCAGUUCUUCGCAACGUCAGACCCAAACGAUCGUCCACUAGUCAGAAAACCUUUCACCGCUGUGAUUUUUCUGCCUUUUUUCGACUCCGAGGCCUCGCAAAGAUUGGGUAUUGAUUUUCGAGUCUGGCUGCGAUUCCACUUAGGCGACGACGACGAUGUUGCCGUCAAUCGAAACAGUGGUAGCCCUGCUCGGAAACUCAGCUUCUUCUUGCGUGCAGAGAAACUUCAUGAAUCUACGUCUACAUCUACGUCUACAUCUACGCUUGAUGGCAGUAAUAGAGAAUUUGUUUUUUCGAUCAAAAUGACUGCUUCCACAGUCGACACCCUAGUCCAUCAAACCGAAGAGCGCAUAGCCUCUACGAAGAUUCCUCAAAAAUCCGGCGAGGUGUGGGCUUACGCAUUGCGAUGCGCUUCAAACGACCACGGUAGUGAUCUUCGAAGUGAACAAAACGAUGACGCGUUGUUGCAGGAGGAACAAGAGAUAGAUUCGCCAUUGGAUCUGAUAGAAGACGAGGAGCUAUCUGGGUCUGCUGAGGCAGCUGCAACUGUCGAGCAAUCAUACGGAAAGAAAAGACUAUCCUCCAAUAUGUCAGCAGAAGCACUUUACGUGAUCUACUCUGCUGACAGUCCCGCAAAGGAGAAACAGCUACGUGCCAUUACAUCCGAAGCGCGUGAAUUAAACGCUUUGAGAUCGACGUUGCUUCAAUCUGGGAGUCUUGCGUCGGUGGGACCUUGUUGCUCGUUAACGUCCUGCGACUGCCGGAAGACGGCGCAUACAGCUGUACACAGAGGACCGAUAUUAUUGAACGAAGAGGAAGAUGAAGGGAGCUAUAGUUCGUCGGCGAAGUAAAAGUGGCCAUGUGCUGCUACCUGUGAGUGCUCUGCUGCAUGGAAUGUCAGCGUCUCAAAAUCUAACCAGCAUCCAUGAUUGGUAUAAUUUCUGUCGUGGUCCCAACCUCGUUGUAAGUGUGUAACCGAUACUAAGCCAGCGCCACUUAUGAUAAUGUUCAGGGCUCGUCUAUUAUGCAUAU